AUGCAGUCAAGCAAGUUCAAUUUCUCAACUGCAGGUGACGGCUCUGCAGAACCUGGCAGCGUCUCCCAGGAUGAGGCUGGGACAAAGAGGAGUAAGAGGAAGGGCGGCUGUGACAGGGAGGAACCCGGGGAGAGGAGAAGGGUCAGCGGUCAAAGCUCUGCAGAAGUCCCCUGUGUGGACCUCAGACAGUACCUCAGGGAAAAAGGAGGCUCGCUGCAGGAGCACGAGGCUAAAAUCAUGAUGCGGCAGCUGGUGGAAGCGGCCACUGAGCUCCACUCCAAACACGUCUUUCACUGCGACAUCAAACUUGAAAACAUUAUAGUAGAAACAGGAUCCGAUGUCCCGCGUGUUCAUGUAACCGACUUCAGCUGCGGCUGCGUUGCAGGGGAAGGAUAUUAUCGCCUCUUCUCGGGUAUCCCCGAGUACGCCCCUCCAGAGUGGUACAAGCAUAUGCGCUACAAGGCUCGUCCCACCGCGGUGUGGCAGCUGGGAGUGGUGCUGUACGGGGUGCUGGAUGGACACGGAUCAUUUGACACCCUGAGGUUCCUCCGCAGAAAACUCCCCAUCAGCAGUGAGCUGUCCCAAAAUUGUCAGGAGUUGUUGCGGAUGUGUCUGUCCAAAGUCCCAAAGCAGCGUCCCACCCUCAAGCAGCUUCAGCACCACCCAUGGCUCCAAUAA